GAUGUUAGGGUAUAAAAAAGGACAGAAGGGGUCAAACUUAACACAUAACAGAAGCAAUCUGGAACAGAGAAGUUCUGCACAUCUACCUGAAUAAAAGAGCAUCACAUCUAACUGAGCUAUGGCUAGAAGCCUGUACAUCAUUUUAAUUCUGCUAGAAGCAGUUCUACAUGGAACAGGUUCCACUGUUGAUCCUAUAACUACAGUACUUUCUCCAAAACCCGAAAGUUCUACAUUAGAAAGCACAUCGCCCACUGUUGCAGCUACUGUACCUGAAACUAGUGUACCUGAAGCUACUGUACCUGAAAGUACUGUACCUGAAAGUACUGUACCUGAAACUACUGUACCUGAAAGUUCUGUACCUGAAACUACUGUACCUGAAAGUUCUGUACCUGAAACUACUGUACCUGAAAGUUCUGUACCUGAAACUACCCCUGAGUCUACAACACACACAGAUUCCACUUUAGAAUCGACCUCUGUAGACCAAAGUACAGAGACGCCCCAGACCACCCCCCCUGAUGAAGGCUCAAGUGGCAAACAGGAAGGUUUAACUCCAGGAGAAACAGCAGGAGUAGCCAUAGGCACCAUUGCUGGGGUGGCUGUGCUGGGUGGAGGUAUUUAUGCUGGUCUGAAGUUCAGUGGGAAACUGGGCUAAACUCUCUCACUUCUAUGUGUUUGACACCUGGAACAUGCUCAGGCCAGUUGACUAGCUGUUCUUUCCCAGAACAGUGACAGAUUUAUGCAAGUUCUGUUUGAUGAUCUGCAGUUGCCAUGCAGUGAUAGACACCUUUUAAAUGAAAUAUUGAAAUAUAUAACAAUAGACUUUAGAAAUGAAUUAUAUCUGUAACACAGUGUGACAUAAUAUAUAUGUAUAUAUACACACACACACAUAUAAGUGUAUAUACAAUUUCUCAGUUUCAAUGUUCAUUAUCCUUUUCUUUUCUUUUGUUUACUUAUCAUUCUUGUUCUCCUGAUCGAUGUCAAGCUCAAACAACAGUUUACGACAUGCCACUUUACCCAUCGCUCUGUAAACAGGUACCAGCUGUAGGUGCAUCAUUACAGGAACCACAUACUGUAGAUUACACCAGGAAAUAACAGGGGUGUGUGUGUGUGUGUGUGUGUGUGUGUGUGUGUGUGUGUGUGUGUGUGUGUGUGUGUGUGUGUGUGUGUGUGUGUGUGUGUGUGUGUGUGUGAACAAGUGUCUAUACGGUCAUUUGUCAUUCAUAAAAAUGGUGUGAGAGAAGAGUAGACAAAAAAAGCAUCUUUCUAAAUGUGUAAAAGUGUAAAAUCAUCAACUGCUGUUUGUGCUUUGUUGUUCUGCAGAGACUGUGUUUCUGCUUUGUUGUUAAACAGAUCAUUUGCAAAUUCGUUUUGUAUUCUAUUCUGAUGAGUAAAGACUAGAAUAAACUAGAUUAUAUUAAAAUAUAUUUUAUUUCAAAACAUUAAAGUGAUCUAUGAAAUAUCAAA